AUGGAUGGCGGCGCGGAGACUCUACCGGAACCGGCCAUCCUCGGGCAGCGACGCGAGUCUCCUCCUCCUCUGCUGCGGGAGCGACAUGGCCUGCAAGAAACGGCCGCGCUGCCGAUCCCCGGCGAGAUCCUGGCGGAGGUCUUCCUCCGGCUGCCCACCCCAACAGACCUUAUCCGCGCCUCCGCCGCCUGCGUCUCCUUCCGCCGCGUGGCCACCGGCGGCUCCUUCCUCCGCCGCUUCCGCAAGCUCCACACCCCGCCCUUCCUCGGCUUCCUCGAGCGCGAACGCAAAUUGUUCCACCCAGCUGCCCCGCCCCACCCCUCCGCGCCGGGAGCCAGUGCCGCCGCCCUCGUCGCCGACUUCUCCUUCUCCUUCCUCCCCGCCCCCGCCAGCGACUGGCUCGUACAGGACACUCGGGACGGCCGCGUCCUCCUCGACAGAGCCCCCCAGCACGACCUCGAAAACAGAUACGAAGUCGUCUUCCCGGAGUUGGUGGUCUGCGACCCCUUGCACCGACGGUACCUCCUGCUUCCCCCAAUCCCUCCCCACCUAACCGCUACGGUGCUGCGACCAGUCUGGAUAAAACGUCACCGUUACUGCGAGACCUUCCUCGCCCCCGCCGCCGGCGACGAGGAAGUAUCUGCAGCCGAAGAGAUGUCAUUCAGCGUGGUCUGGAUGGCGCAUUGCUCAGACAAGCUCUCCGCCUUUGCGUUCUCCUCCACCACCGGACAGUGGCGAUCCAUUUCAUCUCAGAGCUGGAGCGAUUUGCUUCCUGGCCUGCAAUGGCUGAAAGGAAUGGCUCUCUUCUCCUGGCGGCAGUACGCUUAUGGGUGCUUCUACUGGGUGACAGAUUGGAGGGAAUUGUUGCUGGUGCUUGACACACGGAGGAUGGAGGUCUCCAUCGCCGAACCCCCACCCGAAGCCAUAGGUUUGGCUGGUGUGGAUAUAGCCUUUGUAGAGGCAGGGGAAGGCAGGCCCGGGAUGUUUGUGCGUCCAUCAUACAGAAAUGACCUCAAGUACAGUGUUAGGCAGCACAACUGUGGGAGCUCUGGCCAGUGGCAGUUCCAGAGAACAAUUUCACUGGAUUUUGAUUUUUUGGUCAUGGGUUCAGAGGGGAGGCACUUGUUUCUGUUUCAGUGGGGAAGCCCGACGCGCGAUGCCAGCUGUUUUUCACUGGACGUCGAGACAUUCCAGCUCGAGAGGGUGUUUGUUUCGGACUCCUGCAGGCCCUCUGGGCACACAUAUAGCAACUUCCCGCCAUCGUUACUGUCUACGCCAAGAAUAUCAACUGGUGUUGAAGAAGGGGUUGAGGAGAUGCUGGAACAAGGCUGUGCUGCAAGCUCAAGCGCAUAGUCACCAUGUUCAGAAUAGCGCUGAUGCAAAUACUGGAUGUUAGGCUGAUGCGCCGAUGAUUGGAGAUGGUGCUGAGGCUGCAACGCAACUCACAGUUGACCACUGAGUUUGUCUGCUUUUUGGCUCUGUAAUAUGGUUAUCCAGAAGGAUAUUGUAGAACCUGGUGUAUCUGUCCUGUUUGCCUUGAUCCGACAGUGAUUGGCACGUUUGUUUCUCGGCUAAGGUACCGAGAUCAUUAAGGUCACUUAGUUUCUUCAGAAUCAUCAUGUUAACCAAGACUCUGUAAGAAGUCAGACUAAGUGUGAUCUUGCUGUAUGUC